CCCAGGUCAAAGCGUGGAUUUGCAUUGUUAAACGAGGUACACAACUCUUCAAGGCUACUCCCGGUCCUUACAGGUGUGCAACUUGUCAACAGGAGCCGUUGCGUUAGAACAGACUACUUUACCUUAGCCAAUAUAAAACAUGAGCAUACAGUCCGAGGCAGGGUUUCGCAUUGAAGAGGAUGCCUUUGGAGAGAUAUCAGUUCCUAAAAACAAAUAUUAUGGAGCAGGAACAGCUAGGUCUAUCUAUCAUUUUGAUAUUGGAGGAGUCACAGAAAGAAUGCCAAUCCCAAUUAUACGUGCUUAUGCCAUUUUAAAGAAAGCAGCUGCUGUUAUCAACAUGGAAUAUGGAUUGGAUCCAAGAGCUUCUGAGGCAAUAGUACAGGCUGCUGAAGAGAUAAUGAAUGGCCAGUUGGACGACCACUUUCCACUGGCCAUCUGGCAGACGGGGUCAGGCACUCAGACAAAUAUGAACAUAAAUGAGGUGAUCAGCAACAGAGCCAUUGAAUUGUUGGGUGGUGUGAUGGGAAGCAAAACCCCUGUCCAUCCUAAUGACCACGUCAACAUGUGUCAGAGUUCCAAUGAUACCUUCCCCACUGCCAUGCACAUUGCAGUUGCCCUAGAGAUACACAAGCGUCUCUUGCCGUCAAUGCAAGCCCUGUAUGAUGCAUUGAAGCAGAAGUCUGAAAAGUUCAAAGACAUCAUUAAGAUUGGGAGAACACAUUGUCAGGAUGCUGUACCAUUGACUCUUGGCAGUGAAUUUAGUGGCUAUGUCCAGCAGUUAGAAUAUGGCAUUGAAAGGGUAAAAGCUGCUCUGCCACGUGUUUAUGAACUCGCAAUAGGAGGGACAGCUGUUGGUACUGGGUUGAACACAGAGGUGGACUUUGGUCCAAGAGUUGUGGAAUACAUUGCCCAGCAAACAGGGCUGCCAUUUGUGCUAGCCAGAAAUAAGUAUGAAGCUAUUGCAGCCAAUGAUGCCAUGGUGGAAGUGAGUGGUGCCUUAAACACAGUGGCCUGUAGUGUGAUGAAGGUGGCAAAUGACAUACGGUUUCUUGGUUCUGGACCACGGUCAGGCCUGGGUGAACUGCUUUUACCAGAAAAUGAGGCAGGAAGCAGCAUAAUGCCAGGUAAGGUGAAUCCAACUCAGUGUGAGGCAAUUACCAUGGUGGCAGCACAGGUCAUGGGGAACAACGUGGCCAUCACCAUAGGAGGAAGUAAUGGCCAUUUUGAAUUGAAUGUCUUCAAGCCUAUGAUUGUGGCCAAUGUUCUUCAGUCCAUUCGGCUUCUGGGUGAUGCAUGUCUCUCAUUCACUAAUAAUUGUGUGUUUGGUAUAGAAGCAAAUAAAAAGCGCAUUCAUCAAAAUGUCAGCAACUCUCUUAUGCUGGCAACAGCUCUGAACCCAUACAUUGGGUAUGAUAAGGCUGCCUCUAUUGCUCAACAUGCGCACAAAAGAGGGAUCUCACUGAAAGAUGCUUCAAAUGAAAUGAAACUUGUGACAUUAGAGGAAUUUGAUUCCUGGGUACGACCAGAGAAGAUGCUUGGGCCCAACCUGUAAAACGGUGUGCUGAGACCAUCAUUUGAAGUCUGCAAUAAAUGAAUAUAUUAUCGGUUUGGUAGGAUACUGCUUUUAUUUGAUGCCUGUAUAUGGGUGUGACUUGUGAUACUGCUCUUCCUUUGCUUAAUGGAAACUUGACUAAAAUGUCAGAUUCUCAAACAAUGAGAUUUAAUCUUUUCAACAGAAAGGUUGAUUGAAUGUGUAAAUGACUUUAGAACUUCUUUAAAAAAACAUUGCCAUUUGAAUGAAUGUAUAGUAAUAAUUUGUCACCAGUGUGUUGGUAUAUUUUUUUGCCCAAGUCUUUACACUUGUAGACGCACAAUGUAUUAACAUACUAGUAUAUAUACAUCUUCAGUACUAACCUGAAAAAUAAAUGUUGAAAAUGUGAUUAAUUUUUGCCUUAGUUGAACUUUCUUAUCAUGUUGACACAUAUGAGUCAGUAACCGUCCUUCAUAACUAGUUCAUGCUGUCUUUAAAAAUGGUUCAUUCCACCCAAUCCUUUUUUUUCUCUAUGUAAUAAGAGCAAUAAUGGAUUGCAAUAGGUCCUCUUCAUACGCACAUCACGGCACAUGGAAUAUGCAACUGAAUUAAGGCUUUCUUCCUCCGGUAAACAUUUUACAUGGAAUUUGGCAC